AGACUAUGUAGCUAUUAACAACUGCUGCUGGCCACUGUCAUGUGGGCGUGGCCUUUCGGUAAGGGGGGGUUGACAAAUAUCCAUGAGUUCCCCAUGUGUGGUCCGGAAUCGACCACUUUUAAUUAGUCUUAUUUACCAAGGAAUAUGUGUCUAACCAUACCACCUGCUGAAAUGUUGCCUUGCCGAUCAUCUUCUGCGUCUCUCGUAACAAAAGGAUACCCCCAUACUCAGAGGCACUUUAUCUUUUCUUUUCUUUUUUAAAGAUAACCCGCUUCCAAACCAAAACUUUGAUACAACAUGUUCCCUUGGCAACAAAUACUGAGUGCCAGCCAAAAACUGUGUAAUUCUUACAUUAUAAUUCCCGCGAUCAAAAUGCCAUAAGUUGACUUGUGUAAGUUUAGGACUGCACUCGAAGUAUCGAAAUGUUCACAGUGCCAGCAAGCCUUUCAUUGUGAACGUGCACGUAGUUCGAGUUCUAAAGUACACUGCGAUCUACCGUUCCGACCCUCUUGGUUUCUCAAAUUGGUUCAACAUGGCAGUAACGUGGGAACAUCGGUGUGUGUUGUGGGCCUUGGCGUCUGCUGGUUUCACUGCGUAUGUUAUCAAUGCGUAUUUCAUCAACGACGCCACUUGGUUAUGCCGUGUUGCAGCAGGUUUCUUAGCGAUUCUGGGCACCUUGUCCUCGGUCACAGCUUUUCACAUCUCAACCCUCCGGUGCUCCGAAAGUCACACCCUCAAGACACUGUUGCUGCAGUACAUCCUCUUCCAAGUUGCAACCCUUGCCACGCCAUUCAGUUUGUAUAAGCUUAAAAAGCUAUGGAAAGAGCCACGCAAGGCGCAGGAGAAGUUUCUCCUAAAGCUGAUCUCCCGCGACGCAGAUACAGAGUACGGCAGACGAUACUUGACAGGCAUCCAAUCACUGCAGGAUUUCCGAGACAAACAUCCACUCACCAAGUAUGAUCACUACCAGGAUUACUUCCAGAGACUGGCAGACGGGGAAAAGAACGUCUGUGUGGCAGCCAAAGUGGACAGGUUUGGAAUUUCCUCAGGCACCACGGGAAAGGGCAAGCUGAUACCAAUGGUAUUUAAUGACAGUGGGUUGGGACUCGUGGUCGUUUUACAGGCAGUGGGGUCGAGCCCCAUACAGAAAAUGGCUGGGUUGUACUGCAAACCGGCACAGAAGUUUACCAAGUCAGGACUGCCUAUUGCACCAGCGGUAUUCGUGCCUGACAAUAGUUCCCUUGCAAAAUUCAUGGUAAGCACGCUCCUGAAUUCACCAUUUAGUGCCUUCCAGAUUUCUACGGAUUUCGAAGCCACCUACGUCCACCUUCUCUUCGCACUGACCGACAAAAACAUCUGCACGUUCAGUGCUCCAUUCGCGUCACAGGUGUACAGGGCGUUCUCCAUGCUGGAAGAUGAGCAAGACAUGUUCUUGGAGGAUCUUUCUACAGGCAGGAUCAAUCCUAGACUGAACAUUGAUGCGGAGACACGACGUUCGCUGGAUGCUGCCUUGGAGGCCAACCCAGCCAGGGCUCAUGAGCUGAGAGCAGAGUUUGCUCGAGGUUUUGUUGGUAUCCUUGGGCGAAUCUGGCCGCAUCUGAAUUGCUUUGUGACCGCAGAUAUAUCUGGCUAUGUGCAGAAACUCAAAGCCAAAUACACCAAAGGCAGCCGUCUUUACUCAUUCGCUUACGGCUGCACCGAAGGUUUAGUUUGCUACAACUUGUGGAUGGACGGUAGACCGCCGCAAUAUGUGCUGAGCCCUAGUACAAACUUGACGGAGUUCAUUCCUGAAGAUCUCAGUGAGGAGGCAAAUCCAAAGACUUUAUUUCUGGAUGAGAUCGAGGUUGGAAAACGCUACGAGAUAGUCAUAACGACCGUAAGUGGGUUUUACCGCUACCGCAUGGGCGACGUGGUGGAGGUUGUAGGUUUCCAUGACAACUGCCCGGUGAUUCAAGUGAAAUACAGAACUGGUGAGCUGUUGAAUUUACGGAGCGAGAAGAUUGACAAGCUUGUAGUGAACAACGCCAUACAGGAGAGCUUGACCAGCUGGCAAGGGGCGACGCUGGUGGAAUGGACAUGCGCAGAGAGUCCAUUGAUGUACGGGGACGCGGAGCAUGUUGAUUUUGACAUGUUGUACCUACUGUUCAUCGAGUUGGAAUCAGUGGACGGCUUCCGUUUAUCAGAGGAGCAGAAGUCAUUGUUCGACCAGUCACUUCGCAAGCAGCACGAGUUCUACGACCACUACCGCCAAGUUGGCACCAUCUGCGAGGCUCGCGUGAUGAUCGUUCGCCCAGGAUCCUUCAAGAAAUUGCAAGACUUCAUAAUAGCGACCUCCACGGCCAGUUAUAACCUGUUCAAGAUGCCCAAAAAGCUGCGCACAAAGGCGACUCUUGAUCUCAUGAUGAAGUGUGUAGUAGAUGUUUAAUAUAUGCCAUAAAAACCUGUAGGCUUUAUUGAACAACCCUUACUGUGUGUCAGAUGUCACAUGCACAUUUUGCCAAUGUUUUUUUUUUUUUUACAGUACAUAGAAAAGUGCUCAUUCGCAAACAAAAGUGUGAAUUAUUAUAGUGUGUCCUGGAUAUUUAAUAAUAUCUGUCAUAAAAACCUGUAGGCUUUAUGGAGGAA